UGCGGGGCCCCCCGGCUCCGAGGCAGGGGAAGCCUGGGGAAGGGAGACACGCUGGGAUCGCGGUUCCUGCGCGGGAGAGAAGCGGUCGCACAGACCCGAGCAGCAGCGCGCCCAGGAGGUUUGGAAACCCCUUGGAUCCAGCUCCCUUCCCCACGGGAAGACUCGACUGGAAGGCAGCAGCAGCGGAUCGCAGAGAGGCACCGGGCAGGGCAAGGGGAGCAGCGCCUGGUCCUGAGCCCAGCGCCCCAGCACCGCCCGGGCCGGGGCAGGAGAGGAGCCGGGCGCCCUUGGCAGAGGAGAAGAGGCGGCGGGAUGAAGGCAGCGGUGCUGGAGGGAGCAGACAACAGCUGAGUGCUCUGGGGAAGCCAGGCCGGAUCCAGAGCGGGGCUUUGGCCCAGGGCUCGGCCGACAAGGGCUUGCCCGGUUGCUCUGUGCCCGGUGCCUGGUCCGCCCCGAGCCGGCUUGGAGGAAGGAGAGAGGAACCAGCGACACCAGAGAUGACCCAACCCAGCAAUGUCCCCACACAGGCUCCCACUGCCAGCAGCUCCAUGGACAGCAAUGUGGUGGCCAUCGUCAUCGCUGCAACGGUCUCCACAUCUGUGUUCAUAGUGGCCGUUCUGGUGCUGCUGCUGCUCUUGUACCACCGGGACCCCCUGUGCUGCCAGUUCCUCUGCUCCUGCCGCUUCUUCCAGAGUCCCAGCCAGUGUGACUACCCCCCUUCAUACUUCAGCAGCAACCAGCGGCUGGUGGGAUCCCAGUGUGGUGCCCAGCGGCUGGAGAGUGCCGUGGAGAAUCCCGGGGUGCAGGGCGACGAGCUGUUCUGCGUGGGGUCCCCCAGCAGCUACCAGCUCCCUGCCUGGGACCAGCCACGCCUGCCCAGCUAUGAGAGUGUGCGCAAGAAAGAUCGCCAGCGAGAGAUCCACCAGAUGAUUGCCGAGAGGUUUGGGCUGUGGGCCGACCCUGUCCAGGAGAUGCCCCCUCCCUACGAGCAGGCCCUCCGGCACCCUCCAGCUCUGCCAGGAAGCGAGGCUGGCUCUGAAUUAACAGACAGACACAGCUUGGCAGACAUAUUCCAGGUCUCAGUCAGCUACCAACCGCAACGCAACACAGCCGUGUAAAGCUGGAGUCAGCCCUGGUAGCAUUUUUUCCUGCUGUAGCUGUAGCUGCAACGGUGGCGCUGUGACAUUGCUCCCUCCUGCAGGGCAGUGUCGACCCUCAGGCCUUCACCCAGACCCAAAACGGCUGAGAAACAAGCGUGCAAACCAGCAGAGACCAACUAAUUUUCUUUUCAUCCACCUUGCUCUUGGAAAAGUGGUGUGAUGUCUGGAGUCUCUGCUCCAGAAACUAUGGAACAAGCCACUGUGGACUGCUACUCCCUCCUUGCUCUAUUGACUUUAUCUUGACCACAGCCAGUAGAAUGAUCCCCAGCCACUAUCUCUAUGCUCAAGGGGUUAAAGCACAGAGGAUGGUCUACUUGGUCAAAGAAAACUCCCAGAGGAACAUCAGGCAGCUAUUCUACUGUGCCCCAUACACCUCUGUGGCAGGUAUUGCCCAACACUGAAAGUAUUAAGACCUCAGAAGCUGGACGAUUUAUCUCAUCUGUUUAUUACGCUGUAAAAACAAUCAAGUUAGCAGGUACCAGGGUCAGAGGCUCGAUUUGCCACUGAAGGAAUGAAUCAGCACUGCAACUGCUACUGUCAAACCUCUGCUUCGUGCCCCACACACGCACACGCCUGCAGGAUUUAAAAAUGGUGCGUAGAGAAAGUCUUGUCUCCAUUGACAAGAUAAAGGUUUGGCAAGGGUCAGGAUCAUUCUGGGAACCCUGUAAGCAAGGACAGAGACCAGCCUAAGCUGGGUGUCCCAGAACACAGAAACAAACGGGUAACAGGUAGCCUCCAUGAAGGUGCAAGGGCAGAUCAGGACUUGUGUUUACUCAGUUCCCCUCUACAAGGAGAAGAGUCUUAGUUUCCUUGACAAUCAAUCACACCAAGGAUGGUGCAGCUGCACCUCAGAUUUUUGCCUAUUGUUUUGUAUUUCAGAACAAAUGUUUACAAUGCUGUUUACAACACUGUUGAUAAAAUGGGACUGGUCAGACCACAAAGUAUCUUGAGUCUUUUUUUUUUUUUUUCAGCAGCAGGAUUCUUGAAGGACUUAAAUACCCUGUGUUUGAGUUUCACUUUGGGAAGCUGCUCUCCACCCUUCAGCUGAUGAGUUUCGGAUGCCAUUUCAGACUUCUUUGUCUGGUUGGGAAUUCUACAGUUAAUCGUGAUAAUAGCUUUGGAAGUGUGACCCUGCCCACUCUAGUAAGUUAGCAGGCCGUUGUCAGGUACUUCAGAUUCUCAGCUGAGUUUCCAGCGAGCAGAUUUUCACACGGUUUUUCUUGAAAGCCCUUCAGGGUGGGAAGGGACUCAUCUUCUGCAGUAUUUGGAACCGAAAAGUAUAGUGCUAAUGCCUGAGAAUCAGCAAGGAAAACUGGCUGGGAAUUGAAUACAAACUUGUCAAUCCUGUUUUAUUGUGCAAAGAAAGAGAAUGAAAGUCUAAGCAGGACUUUCAUUUUUACUAAUGAAUGUGGUACUAUGCAAGGGUUUCUCUUAAAAAUUCAGGAGUCAAUGGUUUUAAUAAGGGAAAUUUAACAUAACGAACUAUUUAAAAUGAAACAAUUUAUGCCCUAGGAGGUCUCUUGGCCUUGCACGGUGCUGCAGCAUGUAGGUUGCACACGCUGGAAGGAUGCACAUUCUGGAGAAACUUUUGUGUACUUUCUAGCAAUGUUCUACUUUUAACCCAAAUCAUCCCGGCAGCUUCCCUUUGUUACUGUGGCAGGAACUGACAUGGCCAGAACUGAAAGUCUCGAAAGCUCAGUAACAAUUUAGGGAAGCACUGGAGUCAUAGUUCCCUUUCAUGUCUGGUCUAACACUGCUGCCUGCUCAAGACACACUUCUGUAUUAGAUUAGCAUCUUUGCCAACUCAAAGCAGCAUGUUCCUUGGGCUUUCUCUCACCGACUGGCCAAAAAUGAGGGAGGCACCUCCUUCUGCUAUGUGCCUCGUCAGUGAACUGUGGUGUUGGGUGCCCAACACCUCUGCAUCUGCUGCCAUUUUUUCAUUCUCAGAAGCACAGGAAGAGAAAAUGGGGAUUCAAUAGGUAGCUCUGACUGAGAGUCAGGAACUCCUGAUCUCUAUUCCUGGCUCUGCCUUCCUCUAGAGAUUGUGGCAGGUGCCUCCGUUUCCCCAAGUAACAGGGAAAUCAACCAAACUCCUUCCUCACAGAGGGAUUACACACUGGAAGAUGUUAUCAGCACUGCCCCACUUUUAUAAGUGGGGAAACUAAGACAGAACUGAGGCUUAAAGCUACAGCGCAGCCACUGUCAAAGCUGAGACUAGAAUUCAGAAGUUGGCUACUGGGCCGGCUCUUCCCCUUUCAGUCGUGACAAGAGAACAGUCAAUGCAAUACUUUGAUUCCCAAACUGGCCAAAAUUCAAUACUUUGAGUCCCAAACUGUGGCCAAUUCCUCUGU